AUGUCCCCGACCGUUGCCCCAAGAUCGCGUCUUCCUCCACGACCCGCCGAACGGGAUGUCCGGAGGCCAGCCCAAGUCCCUCCAUUGUCGCAAGGUGCACCGACUCGCAAUAUUCGUCCGUUGAUCUACGCCAUUGGAAUUGCCGGCAUAGUCGGUUCGGGGGCAUUGAUCGGCGCAUAUCUAAAGACGGGCCAGCAACAGAAUGCAGCAAGGAAGCAAGCCCAGCGCCUUACCACUGGGCCGCAAACCCACAAUAAUCCCCAAGACGCCCAGAUAGGCGCAAAGAUAAGCGCAACUGCUCCGGGAGAACAAGAAUACGACCAACACUUGGACAUCCUGCAGACGAAGCGUGCACAGCUUAUCGCUCAGAAAGUCGGCUUGGAGACGAAGCUGCGGGACUUCCGCCUGAGCCAGCAGAGGAAGGCCGACGAGGAGAGGCAGAUGAAGGAGUUCGGGUUGAAGAGAUGA